AUGUCUUCAGCCAAAGCCUUCACCUUUCUGCCACUGGGCGCCAUCAUCCAAAAGUUUACUGUGAACGGAAAGAACAUUGUGCAGGGAUUUCCGUCUGCGGAGCUGUACAAGCAAUACAAUGCACCCUUCUUUGGCGAGACCAUUGGCCGUAUCGCCAACCGCGUGUCCAAGGCGAAGAUCAAUGACCUAAACGGAAAGUCGUACCAGCUGGCGAUCAACGACGGUCCCAACUCCCUCCAUGGUGGAGAUCUAGGCUUUGGAAAGCGUGAAUUUGAGGGACCCUCUACUGUUGACCGUAAUGGCAAGGAAGCCACUUUCUUCAAGUAUCUCAGCAAAGAUGGCGAGGAGGGUUACCCCGGGACUCUAGAGGUACGCGUGUGGUAUGUCCAGGAAAAAGAAAAUGUCGAUGGCGCCCACCAAGAGGUUUUGCACAUCGAGUACGAGGCUGAAUUGGUUGGCGAUGAAGUCUCUGAGACCGCAAUCAACAUGACGAACCAUAGCUACUUCAACUUGACUGGAGGACCGAGCAUCGCGGGAACAGAAGUCAACCUCAUCACAAACAAGUAUCAAGUCGUCGACGACGGCGGUAUCCCCACAGGCCCUAUCGAGGAGUACCCUGGCGUUAGCGCCAAGAAGACCUUUACAUUGGGCGAGAAGGAGCCCGACAUUGAUGACUGUUUCGUAGCCAACACAGACCCCAGCAGCAUUCCUAUCGAUACUCGCUCUUCACCCCUGCAGAAGCUUGCAUCUUUCUAUCACCCAGAAAGCAAAAUCCAUCUCGAAGUUCACUCAACCGAGCCCGCAUUUCAGUUCUACACUGGCAAAUACAUCGACGUCCCUGCCGUUGGCGACUUAUCCGCUAGGGGUGCUCGCUCAGGCUUUUGUGUUGAGCCCAGUCGCUACGUGAACGCCAUCAACAUUCCCGAGUAUAAGUCGAUGAUGGUUCUCAAGAAGGGCGAAAAAUACGGCACCAAGAUCGUAUACCGUGGCUGGCAGGCCUGA